UUUGUUUGUUUCAAAUUUUAAACUAUACCAUUAAAAAUAAAUGAGAUCUCACUUCUCAAUGAGCUCAAGAAACUAAUAAUGAAAUUCAAGACUGUCAUCCUCGGAUUUGUGAUGGUUUCAUGAGAAGGGCGUUGAACAUCGUGAAAGAGAAAAUAACAAUAAUAAUAAUAAUAAAGCGAUGAAUGCAGAAGAGACUAAUGGAAUAAGGCUUCGCCCUUAUUUAUAUAAACUCUAUAAUCUUCUUCCAGAAAUUUCUUUUGAAUUUGGCAAUGGCCAAGACCAAGAAAUCGAAGAAGCAAAAGCUCACUAAAAAGACUCCUAAGAAGAUCGAGAAAAAGCUUAAAUCCAAGAAGGUGGAAAAAGCCCUAGCCACCAAACCUUCCGAUUCCGACUCCGAUUCAGACUCCGGCUUCGACAAGCUCCAGAAACUUCUCGAACCUUACUCUAAGGAUCAACUCAUAGGCUUUAUUUCCGAUGCCGCCGCCUCCGAUUCCUCUCUCUUCCAGCGCAUCCGCGAAACCGCCGAUCGCGACGUCUCUCACCGGAAAAUCUUCGUCCACGGCCUCGGUUGGGACACUACUCGCGAAACCUUGCUGGCGGCGUUUGAACCCUAUGGCCAAAUUGAGGACUGCAAUGUCGUCACGGAUCGGAAUACUGGAAAGGCCAAGGGCUAUGGAUUCGUUCUCUUCAAGACGCGCCAAGGUGCUGUCAAGGCGCUGAAGCAGCCGGGGAAGAAGAUUAAUAACCGUAUGACGCAGAGCCAGCUCGCGUCGAUGGGUCCGUCGCCUCCGCCGCAGAGCCAGGACACCGUCGGCCGGAAGAUCUACGUGAGUAAUGUUCAGGCCGAUGUGGAUCCUGAGAGAUUGCGGUCGUUCUUUGCGAAGUUCGGGGAGAUCGAGACCGGACCAAUCGGGUUCGAUACGCAGACUGGGAAGUCGAGGGGGUUUGCGCUUUUUGUGUAUAAGAAUCAGGAAAGCGCAAGGAAGGCUCUAGAAGAUCCGUACAGGAUAUUUGAGGGGCAUCAAUUGCAUUGCCAGAAGGCAACGGAGGGGAAGAACAAGGUCCCGGCACAACCGCAACCACAGCUGGCAGCGGUUGCUGCGACGCAGAAUUUCAUGUUAAGCCAGCAUCCAACUCUCAAUACGUUGUACAGUGGGUUGCUCGCCCAUCCGAAUGCAAGUAUGAUUGGGGCGGCAGCGGUUAAUCCGGCGGUAGCAGGAGCUAUGAACCCGGGCGUGAUUUCGUCGAGCCAAGUUGGUUCGGUCAUUGGUAGUGUGGAAGGUUUAGGAGGGUAUGGGACGCAUGGGGUGGCUGGUUUUGGGGGGACUCCUUCAGUGCUCGGCCCUCCAAGUCUCGGUCUGCAGCAUGCCUACCCAAGUACACAGCUCGGGCAAUCUUCGGUGGGUAGGGUUCAAGGGACUGGUGUUGGGACUUUCGGUGGUUACCCGUCGUAUAUGUGAGGUCAUUUAUCAGUACUGUUGUUUUGUUUGCCUUGACAUACUCGGGCUCCAUAUUUGCAGAUGAAGUGCAGCUGAGCUUGAGGAAUGAUGUCCAUGCGAUCUUGGAGAAUGUUUAUCUAAGAGCCUUUUCUGGAUCAAUUGCUCAGUUGUGGAAGUUUUGCUUAUAGGAAGAAACUUUUAACUUUACCUUUUAUGGUUCAGCCAAGGUCAACUAGAACUUGGUAGACCAUUUCUCUUCUUUUUCUUUGCUUCCCAUGUUUCUUUCUUUAGCCUCCUUAUCUUCUUUUAAUUGGCAACACACUGUUGUUCCUUUAAGUAAUUUUGAUUUCUCCAUAUUUUCUGCUA